AUGGUUUCCUCUAUUCCUAUCUAUCUAUCUAUCUAUCUAUCUAUCUAUCUAUCUAUCUAUCUAUCUAUCUAUCUAUCUAUCUGUCCCAUUCUUUUCAUAUCUAUCUAUUUAUCUAUCUGUCGAACUAACCCAUUCUUUUCAUAUCUAUCUAUCUAUCAAUCUAUCUAUCUAUCAAUCUAUCUAUCUAUCUAUCUAUCUAUCUAUCUAUCUAUCUAUCUAUCUAUCCACCUCACUCUCUCUUAUAUAUAUAUAUAUAUAUAUAUAUAUAUAUAUAUAUAUAUAUAUAUAUAUAUACAAUUCUUUUCCUAUCUAUCUAUCUAUCUAUCUAUCUAUCUAUCGAUCGAUCCAUCGAUCGAUCUGACCCAUUCUUUUCAUAUCUAUCUCUCUCUAUAUAUAUCUACCCAAUUCCUUCUCUAUCCCAUUCUUUUCAUAUCUAUCUAUCUAUCUAUCUAUCUAUCUAUCUAUCUAUCUAUCUAUCUAUCUAUCUAUCUAUCUUCUCCAUUCUUUUCAUAUCUAUCUCUCUAUAUAUCUAUAUGUCCCAUUCUUUUCAUGUCUAUCUAUCUAUCUAUCUAUCUAUCUAUCUAUCUAUCUAUCUAUCCCAUUCUUUUCAUAUCUAUCUAUUUAUCUAUCUGUCGAACUAACCCAUUCUUUUCAUAUCUAUCUAUCUAUCUAUCUAUCUAUCUAUCUAUCUAUCUAUCUAUCUAUCUAUCUAUCUAUCUAUCUGUCCUUUUUUUAUUUUUGUUUUCUUUCUUCUUUUCUCUUCUUUCUCUCAGUCCCUCUUGCUGUUUUCUUCUUCUUUCCUUUGCUUCUUUUCUUACUUCUCUCUUUUCAUCUUUUUUUAUUUUUCUUUCUUUCCUUUUUUUUUCUUUUUUGUCUAAUUCAAAUAUCUCUUUUGAUUACUUUUCAUCUCCUCAUUUUUUCUUUUUUACCUUCCCUACUUUUAUUCUUUCUUUCUUUCUUUCUUUCUUUCAUUUCACUUUCUUUCUUUCAUUUCGCUUUCUUUCUGUCUUUCUUUUCCCCUAUUUUUAUUUCACUUUUCCCUCUUCCUAUUUUUUUCUCUCUCUUUCUUCCUUUAAUUUUUAUAUUCCCUCUCUCGACCUUUAA